GUUCAUUUUUGAAGAAAUCUUAGGAAUAAUAAAUAUAUUGAGUAAAAAAUUGCAAAAAGAAGAAGGUACAAUAGGAAAUGCUGUUAUUGAAAUUAGUGCUGUGAUAAAAACAAUUAAAAAUGUGAGAAAUGAAAAAUCAUUUGAAGUCUUAUGGAGUAAUGUGAAACAGUUUUUAUUAAAACAUAAUAUUGAUGUUUCACAAAAUACACCUGAACCAUCUGGUGUAAUUACAUCUAAAAGAAAACGAAAAGAAUGUAUUAAACUUAAAUGUUUUCAUGUUUCUGUUAGGAAAUGACAUAUGUACUCAAGGUGUUAACAUGAAUAAAACAGAAAACAAUAAACAUUAUUGGUGUUCUCAUGCAUAUUAUGCUGUAUUGGAUACAAUUAUAGGCCACUUUGAGUUAAGGUUUUCAAAAGAGAGUUUAGAGAUUGCAAAUUCAAUUGACAAUUUCAUUAAAUUAAAUAUGAAUAAAAGCAUGAUGUUCAUUGAUCAUUACCAAGCAUUAUUUUCUAUUGAUAAAGAAGCAUUACGUUGUGAAAUGACUGUAGCACGCAACUGUGCCAUACAGUUAAAACCAAAUUUUGGUUUAGAAGAAUUAAAAAAAAAUUUUUCAAAAGAAGUCUAUCCUAAUAUUCAUUCUUUACUUAAAGUAGCCUUGAUACUACCUAUUAGUUCUGCAUCGUGUGAACGAUCUUUCUCAGCCAUGCGUCAUAUCAAAAACUGGACUAAAACAUCUAUGACACAAGAUCGUUUCGGUAAUCUUUCUAUAUUGCACAUCGAGAGAGAUAUUGUUAACAAUCUUGACCUCGAUAUUAUACUAGACGAAUACUCUUAGAAAGACCG